AUGUUUGACCUGCAUGAACACAUUGGUUCCAAAAUAGAAGCAUUGGAUGCGAUAUUGAGGAAGAUGGAUGCAUCUGGUGGAAUGGAUGCAGCUGAUAUCAUACAAACUGAGAUAGAUGAGCUAAAGAAGAUGUGUACAGCAUAUGAGGAAGAGAGGGAAUCAAAAACAGUCGUGAAAAAAGAGGAGGACGUGUUCAAAACGCGAUGCUACCUGAAAGACGGAAGUGUGUACGUCGCAACCAGAAAGCCAGCCAAAAACUACAAAUACCUGUUUGACAGGGACACAAAGGCCAUCACGUACGAAUUUGAGAAUGGGCAGGUGGAACGGACAUUUGUAGGCGGAUUCAAGGAAAUCAGACUUCCUGAUGGCAGAAUCUACCUGAAAUUGGGCCCAGGUGAAUACGACUGUAUUCUGAGCAAGAAAUAA